UUGCUCGUCUGCAUCAUUAUCACUCUUUUACACAGCGAAAACCCCCUUAAUUUUCGAAAGGAUAUUCUGGUUGGAGCGUCCUUUAUCUUUGUAUAUACUCUACUGUUUUCACUGUUCCUUCUUCGUUUCAUUAUCAUAGCUGAGAAGGAGAAGAAGAAGAAGAAAGGUCCUUUAAGUGAGAGAAAACAGAACGAUGGGAGUUCUGGAUCAUGUUUCUGAUCUGUUUGACUGUUCUCAUGGCAGUCCCAAAAAGAGACGUAAGCAGUUGCAGACGGUGGAGAUCAAGGUGAAAAUGGACUGCGAAGGAUGCGAGCGCAAAGUGAAGAAAUCAGUGGAAGGGAUGAAAGGGGUGACGCAGGUGCACGUGGACCGCAAGGCCAGCAAGCUGACGGUGGUCGGAUACGUGAACCCGGCGAAGGUCGUCGCAAGAGUGGCGCACCGGACGGGGAAGAAGGUGGAGCUGUGGCCGUACGUGCCGUACGACGUGGUGGCUCACCCUUACGCCCAAGGGGUUUACGACAGGAAGGCGCCGGCGGGGUACGUGCGCAACGCCCAGGACUCGCAGGGGACGUAUCUCGCACGUGCUAGCUCCACCGAAGUUAGAUACACCACAGCUUUUAGCGACGAAAACGCCAAUGCUUGUACUGUUAUGUGACUGAUUUGAUUGUGCGGCAGUAGGUAUUUGAAUUUUGAGUUAGUUUGAGUAUUUGGUUGUACAAUAUUUGUUAUGUUGGAUCUGAUCUAUAUGUUUAUUGGCGUAUUUGGGAUUGUGUACCAUAAUGCUUUUUAGUGGACAAGACUUGGUAGUAAAAAAGUAAUUUUGUCCCAAGCUUUAACCUUGGAAACGUGUAGUAAAUUUUAUCUACUGUCGGCUUACAAUAAAUAUAUAUGUUUUGGUACGGU